AUGUUACAAAUAAAUCUUAAAAAAGAAUUAUCAUCUAUUUUGUUCAUCUAUAAAACCAUCAACUUCUCCAUCUUUUCCUGUGGAUACAAACAACAUCAUCCAUUAUCUCUCUAAACAUAACUCCAAAAAGUGACUCUUUUCAUUUCAGAACUCACUCAAAGACAAGUACAAAGCUAAGUCUUGAUUUUUUUCUUUGAAUAUCUCUUUGUGGGUCACUCUUCAUCAAUGGGUGACAAAGGAAGGAGCUUAAAGAUCAACAAGAACAUGGAGGAAUUCACGAAAGUGGAAGAAGAAAUGGACGUAAGGAGAGGUCCAUGGACAGUUGAGGAAGAUUUAGAGCUCAUCAAUUACAUUGCUAGUCAUGGUGAAGGUCGAUGGAACUCUCUCGCUCGUUGCGCCGAACUCAAAAGGACCGGAAAAAGCUGCAGACUUCGGUGGCUGAACUAUCUCCGACCAGAUGUGCGCCGUGGAAACAUAACCCUCGAAGAACAACUCUUGAUUCUUGAACUUCACACACGUUGGGGCAAUAGAUGGUCUAAGAUUGCACAAUAUUUACCAGGAAGAACGGAUAACGAGAUCAAAAACUAUUGGAGAACACGUGUUCAAAAGCAUGCAAAACAGCUUAAAUGCGACGUGAACAGUCAACAAUUUAAAGACACCAUGAAGUAUCUUUGGAUGCCUCGGCUCGUAGAAAGGAUCCAAGCCGCGUCCAUCGGGUCUGUUUCCAUGUCAUCUUGCGUCACCACCUCCUCAGAUCAGUUCGUGAUCAACAACAACAACACCAACAACGUGGAUAAUUUGGCUUUAAUGAGUAACCCUAAUGGUUACAUCACGCCGGAUAAUUCCAGCGUGGCAGUAUCUCCUGUAUCAGAUUUGACGGAGUGUCAAGUGAGUAGUGAAGUGUGGAAGAUUGGUCAGGAUGAGAAUUUGGUGGAUCCAAAAAUGACAUCGCCGAAUUAUAUGGAUAAUAGCAGUGGACUAUUAAACGGAGAUUUUACGAAGAUGCAAGAUCAAAGUGACCUUAAUUGGUUUGAAAAUAUUAAUGGGAUGGUACCAAAUUAUUCGGACAGUUUUUGGAACAUUGGAAAUGAUGAAGACUUCUGGCUCUUACAACAACAUCAACAAGUCCACGACAAUGGAAGCUUCUGAAUAGACAAGAAGCUAUUUUACAAAGUAAAGGGAAAAUACAAAGCUUCUGAAUUUAAAAGUGUGAAAGGAAUUUGUUAUAAACAAAGCUUUUUAUUUGAAAAAAAAAAGAAGAAGAAGGUUUUGUUAAAAUAUUAGCAGCUUUAGACAUAUUGGAGAGUUUAGGAAAUAGUUAUUUUUGUAGUAAAUUUGAUUGCUAUUUUGGGAUUGUGAUACUAUAUUAAUGCUGAUAAUUUCUAAAUUCAGAAUCAAAUUAAUAACAAAUCAUUUUUUUGGGGAG